AUGAGUGAGAAUAUUACACCUUGUCCUCGGUGUAAUAAACUCCACAAGGAUGAAUGCUCCCUCGAGAAAAAUGUGUGCUUUCGGUGUGGUAAGCCCGGACACAUUUCUCUCAACUGUCCAGAGCCUCCAAAGAAGAUAGAUGAUGAUCACGACCAGAACAAGAAAGGAAAGGCCCGAGUUUUUGCAUUGGAUCAGCACGAGGUUAAACAGGAUCUGAAUAGUUGCAAAACAUGUAUUCUAUUGCUAUCUGAUGUACCUGCUUACGCACUUUUUGAUUCUUGGGCUACCAAUUCUUUUAUCUCUACAUCCUUCGUCGCUAGAUCCAACUUUGCAUGUGUGAAAACAAAUAACGAAUUAGAGGCUAGCAUCCCUUCAGGAAGAACUCUUUGCACAAAUCAGAUGACUAAAUCUAUGAAGUUAGGGAUUGAUGGAAAAAUACUAGAGGCUGACUUAUAUCUUUUGGAGAUGAAAGAUUUCAACGUUAUUUUAGGCAUAGAUUGGUUGGGACUUAAUCAUGCAACCAUUCGAUGUCACGAGAAAGAAGUGUUAUUUCAUAGACCGGGAGAGGAGGAGUUCCGUUUUUUUGGAGCAAAGUUCAAGUCUCUACCUCGUCUUAUAUCGGCUAUACAAGCGGAGAAGAUGUUGAGAAAAGAGUCAGGCCAGGGAUUCUUGGUUAACAUCAUCGAAGCUUUUCCAGGCAUUCCACCAGAUAGGCAAGUGGAAUUUACAAUUGAUUUGGUUCCUGGAGCAACACUAGUAUCUAAGGCCCCGUACCAAAUGACACCGAAAGAGCUUCAAGAAUUGAAGUUGCAAUUAGAGGAGUUAUUGGAGAAAGUGUUUUCAAAGAUCGACUUGAGAUCAAGGUAUAACCAACUGAAAAUUAAGGCAAGCGAUAUACCGAAAACUGCUUCUAGGACUCGUUAUGGGCAUUAUGAAUUUACUGCCAUGCCUUUUGGUUUGACCAAUGCUCCAGCUGUAUUUACGGAUCUCAUGAACAAAGUGUUUCAUCAAUACUUAGACCAAUUCGUCAUAGUAUUUAUUGACAACAUACUUGUGUACUCAAAGGAUAAGAAGCAGCAUGAGGAACAACUUCGAAUAGUACUCGAAACUUUGAGAAAGGAGAAAUUAUAUGUCAAAUUCAAGAAGUACGAAUUUUGGUUUGAUCGCUUAAGUUUUCUUGGUCACGUGGUGACCGUCCAAGAAAUCGAAGUAGACCCUGAUAAAGUGGAAGCAGUAACAAAUUGGCCAAGGCAGACUAGUGUGGGUGAAGUCCGCGGUUUCUUGGGAUUGGCUGGCUAUUACAGAAGAUUUAUUGUAGGCUUCUCAAGAACAGUGGGGCCGAUGACUCAGUUAACAAGAAAGGGUGUGAAGUUUCAGUGGAUGAAAAAAUGUGAAAAAUGUUUUCAAGAACUUAAGCAGAGACUAGUUUCAGCUCCUGUAUUGACAAUACCUGAAGGUUCAAAGGGAUUUGUGAUCUACAGCGAUGCUUCCAAGCAGGGUUUGGGCUGUGUACUGAUGUAG